AUGAAGCUAAGCAUUGUCAGUUUCCAGAAGGCACUUCAAGGUGCAUCAAUGACCACCAAAACAACUACUUCACCUCCCAACAACUCUUCAUCUCCUCCAGCACUCAUUCCAUCGACCCAUUUGGAUUCUUCUUCCUUCAAAGAAACCUCAACAAUACACAAAAAACGAAAUUCCACGAGAAGAAAAGAUGGUCUGAUCAUGACACAACGAACAGAAAUUGUAGAACCUUGUGAAUCACAAUACUUUAACGAUCCCCAAAAUGGUUGUAUGUUCUAUUCUUUUCCUUUAUCCAUGAAUUCUGGUGGCCACCAACAGAAACGUGCCAAUGGCAAUAGCACGCUCGCCACAACACCAAACAAGAAGCGAAAACGAUCGACUCCUUCCAUGUCUGGAAAAGUAUUACAUCCGGAAGGAAAUUCUACAUCUUGUGAAGCCCAUUCCAAUUCCUCUUCAGAUUCGUCUCCCCCCGUGUUACACCUCCAUCAGAUUUCUUUCAACAACAGUACUCAUGCAUUGAUCGAGAAUGAAACACCUAACUUUGUGAAUAAUGUCAUCAUUCACAACCACUCGGCCAAUGGUGGUGCUCACCAUGUGGUGAGGAAUCACCUCAAGAAUCAUCACAGCUCUCUUGGAUUUGAUCAUUCUUCAACCAAACCACAAGUGAUCGCUCCUCCACUUGAAGUGAAUGGUUCCUCCACCUCCACGACUCCCUCCACGACGACGACUUAUCAGCACCACCAUCUUUUGCCUCCUCCUCCUUCUUCUUCUUGUCCAACCAGUCACUCAACUCACACCACUCCAUCCCUGACUCUCCAUCCCCCUCACUUACCUGUACAUUUAGAUGGCAUGCAAGACAAGAGCCAAACCACUCACACCACUCAGUCCUCUCCUCCACUCCAUCCACUACCACCACAACAACCACCAGUGAGGUUAUCCAUUUCCAUCAAGGAAUUACUCAAUGAUUAA